AACGGGAAUGAGAUGUGUAACAUGGUCUUGACAUUGGCUCCUUUCCUUAGCGUAUAUAGACUUAGAAACUUCUAGAAUAGGGAGGUUUCAGAGAUCUUGGGUAGCAGCGAUAACCAUAUUAGAAGAUUUCAACUUAUUUAAAAUUCCAAAUUAAAUUUAGUAUAUGGUAGUGGAAGAAAAGAAAAGUGAACUUGGUUGAGUUGAAGUUUGCAUCCAAUGGGAAUACUUUUGUCAGUUAAGAUCUUGUCCGACUAAUAAUGUUUCCCAUGGAAUGACGGAUCUUAUUGUUCGGGACUGGAUAGGAGAAUUCCAGGCACUAAGUUCAUCAGAAGUUCACAGUUUUGCUGCUACCAUAAGAGAAAAUACAGAAUUGAUUCAGGCUGUUUUUACAGUUUUGGAAGAAAAGAAAUACCAUGUGGAGUUUUUGGAGCAGGUCUGCCAUCAACUGUUUAGUUUCUACCGGUCGAGAGAAGAAGAGCUACAGAGAUUUACUCUGCAGUAUAUUCCUACUAUUAUUGGUAUCUACCUUUGUGCUGUAGCCCGAGCCGAACGUGUGAGUUUUCAUGCAGUGGAAGUGCUGUUAUUGGGUGUUUACAAUUUGGAAGUGUUAAAUGGUGAAGAGGAACCAGUUGUACAAAACUUUCGUCUGCCGUCUGUGUCCAAGCCUUCCAUUUAUCAUGAGUCCAUUAGUUUACCACAUUCUGUGCUUACUGAACACGCUUUGUCUAAACUGGAACAAGGAGAUAAACGUACCGUUUCUCUUGGACCCAUUCCUGCAGUGGAGAAAAUAACAGCAAGCAACAGAUUACAGAUAAUGACGGUAUUGCUGAAACUAUACAACUACCACAUCAGUUUGAUGCCAAGGUUGUCUCAUUUUUCAAUAUGCAGAAUGUGUUCUAAGCUAGUCAAGCAAGGGUUUCAGAGGCUUGUCAUUAGUCAGCGUUCAUCAUUUGGCUCAGAAGGAGGUAGCUUUUCUACUCCACACCCACGAUCUUCUCCCAGAAUUCCUCUGUCUGCAGGUUUUUUGCUUGAACUGCUUCAUUCUGUGUAUUUUUGCAUUUUUCCAUAUUCCUCCAUGCAUGAGCACUUCAUUGACCUAGUGUCUGAGUUCAAUGGAAUAGCUUCAUUUGGAAUCCAAGCUUUAGAAGAUAUAAAUUUUCGUGCUAUUCAUGAACUUUUUCCUGAAGUCAUUCAAGUUACCAAUGCCAUUAAAAAUUCUCUAAAGGUGAAUCCAUCUGGUCAACCUAAAGAUGGUCCUAUGGGUAUCAGUGUUGCACUUUCACCAUCAUCAAAUCAAUCCACAUUGUUUAAAGGUGCUGUUACCAAUGCCUCAUUUAGGACAAGAAAAUUGCCAGAUGACAUUCCAUUACAAUCUCCUCAGCAGGAGGAAACUCCUCAAAGCAGUAUUCAACAUCUUGCUUCUAUUACUGAAGAGCAGGAGGAAAGUCAUUUUACCAAAGUAAGUCCUUCUCUAACAACAAAGUCUCAGCAGGACAGAAUUAGUGUUAGUAGCAAGUUACCUGUUUUAGCACUGUUGAAAGACAGAGCUAAAGCCAAAAAGGAUAAGGAAGCAGCCAUCAUUGAUCCUAAUGUAACACCCUCAGUUAAAAAAGAACAGGAUAGAAAAAUAACUGGACUAAAUCCAAGCCGAUCAAUUUCACAUCAGAAUGGUUUCAGCGACAUAAACAGCAGUAGUUCUUACCCUUCCUUCUCCUCAGACCUCAACACUUUUACCUUACAGAACAGAUUGAAUAUGGUUAAAUCAGAAAAAGAUAUUACUGCUGCUUCAGGUCAAAAAAUAACUGCAGCAGUCUGGAAUUCCAAAGAGGUCAAAUCUCCUCCUCCUAGUGCCCAACUCGAUGGAGUAGGUAGUAAUGGUCAGGUGAGACAUAGCCAAGAGAUUAAUUCUCGAGUCAAUCUGUCAUGGGAAGUAGAUUCAGAGUGUUUCAAACCAUACCAAACACUAGUCUAAUUGGUUGUAUUUUCUAAUAUGUGAAUAAAUAAAUCAGUUGAAGAAUCUAAGAAUUUGGUGUAACUAAACAAUAAGUUAAUCAUUAAGAUCUCUAAUAAUUCUACUGUUUUGAAAUCGUUUGUAAAAGCAAAACAGUGCUUUCCCUUAGAAGACCAGUUAUAAAAUUAAAUCAGGUAGUGAUAGUCUUAAAUUUUAAAGAUCUGUUAUCAUUAUAUUAACAAGUGUCCCGUGUAACUAAACGUAGCAGUUUUUGUGUUGUUUUUCAUUUAAAGUUAAUGCUUAUUAAAUAAUACAUCCAAUGCAGAUAACUGAAAUCUUUACACUUGAUGACAUUAGGAAUAACAGAUGGUCACUGUUUGAUAUGCUUUUAACCUGCUGAAUGAGUUUAGUUUUAUGGUUUGACUAAAAUUGCCACUCCUCUACUUACACAAAGAAACUUAUGUAGUAGACAUUCUGUCAACUGCAGUUUUAAUCAUUAAAAAUGUUACAAUAAUUUUUACUUGGAAAUAAGAUUAUACAGGGUGGCAUAAAUGUCACACCCCAUAGGGAUUUUGAAUAACAAUAAAGUAAUUACCUUUUAAGUUAAUAAAAUAAAUGAUCGAACUGCUGGCCAUUAACUUUGAAGCACUUGUUGAUUUCAAUGAAGUUGAGGGUCAGAAAUCUGAACAUUUGCUUUGUUUUAUUGUUAUUCAAAUUCUCUAUGGGGCUCUACUUUUCUGCCACUCUGUACAUUAACCAAAAAAUGAAAGCUUGAACAGGAAAAGUACCAGUAAAAUGAUUAUUGCACAAUAUCAAUUCACUUUUAACAUGUAAUACACUAGGCCUAGUUAGUUGUGUGUAAUUAAAUGGAUGUACAGAAAUAUGGUUCAUCAGACCAUGUUUAAAAAUAUGGAGGAUGGUGACUAACAAAUUUACCUGUCUAGUUUUCUUUUGUUUGAUGUCUGAUUUUGAGUGAACAAGUCUUUUACUCUAUGAGACAAAGCAAACUUUUCUAUCAGGUUUGCACUGUAAAUAAUCACUGUUGUACAAAAUGUUUAAAGCUUCAGAAACAGGUGGUUCACAGUCUUCUACAUUAUGCUAUUCUGUUUCUGGAAAAUCAUUCUUUUAUGAUGACUACAUUAUCUUCAUCAAUAAGAUGUUCUUAAGUGAGAACAUCAAGAUAGUCUGAGCUUGUAAUUCCAUUUGGUAGCUUGAAACCUGCUACACACAAUUCCAAGUUGUUUUCAAACAGUAAGCACUUGUAAAAGACUGACAUGGAGCAUUAUACCACAGUGUGUUAAAGUUAAGAUGCUGUUAUUCAUAAUAUUGUGAUAAUUAAUCUUCAGGUUUUUAUUAUACCAAAAUUACAGGGCUAGAUCUUGUUUGUAUAAUUAGAUUGAAUAAAUUCAAGUUUAAUCUCAUAACAAGUGGAUAAACAAACUGCUUCUCUAUCAUCAAUACAGUUUCUUUGUUUUUCAUAUAUAAUAAUCCUGUCAAGCUUUUCAAUCACUUUUAUAAAAAUAUCACUGGUCUUCCUUGCCUUUGGAGAAGUUUUAUGUUUGUGGAUUUGCUGAUUCAUUAAUAUUUUGCACUAACACAAGUAUUUCAAAACACUGUACUCUUUCCCAAACAUCCAUACUGCAGUUAAAAUUGUCAUGUCCAAACACCAUGGUGCUUAAAACAGUAUGUCUUACCUUCAUUCAUCUCUGGUAAUUUUCAACAUCUGGAAAAUUAACUGUUCUCAUCUUUCAGAAUUUUGUCUUUAUCCUUCUGUAAUUUCAUACUCUUUGGCUAUGUCACAUUGCUUUUUACGAUAGCAUUAAUAAAGUGCAACCUUUGUUUGAAUAGAGCCUUUUCAUGAUUUACACAGCGGAAAUGAACAAACAGAUAGAAGUUGAUAUUAAUAUACUGACAAAACAUACUGCUACAUGGGAGUGGCAUAAAGUGCAAGUUAAAACGACUGAGCCUGUUUGCAGGUGUUUGUCAUGUGUCAUCGAAGGAAGAAGAGUGUGAGUUUAUGAAUGGAAGAAUAGUAAUCAGUCAAAAAUAAGUUUCUGUGUGGUGCAAAGGAAACUAUGUUCAUCUGAAUUAACACUUAUAUGAAUUGAAGUAUCUAUCCAUUUUUAUCAUAGGGAUACAGGUAUGGAUCAGUUUAAUACUAAUCAAUCAUAUUGUACAAACUGAGGGAAUACAAACUAACGAGGUUUUACUGUAUUUCAGUAUUAUUAUAGAAAUUUGAGAUUUCAAAAGCGUAUAUGACUAAAUAGUUAUAUAAUACAUAAUUGUGAUAUAUUAUACAGAAUUGUGCCUGUGUACAUUUGUAUGCCAACAAAUAAAGCUAUCAUUGGUUAACAGGACCUUAAAGUGAUUUAACAAUACAAGGAAAAACAUUUGAAUUUGUUCUUAGCAAAUAUUAAUAAAGGCUUAUCAUUGAACACUUGAGUUUAUUAAAAUGCAGUAUUAUUCCAAGAGGAGAACUGGCAAUUAUAGCAUUAACUCAAUGAAACAGGUUAAAGAUGUUAGAAAAUAUAAGGUUAUGACUUGUUUAACAAUAAAUAACGAGAUAAUGGCCAAGUGUACACAGAACUUGGUUUUAGUGAUGAAAAGAAGGAAAUCAAAACACGGAAUUUUGUUAUAAAUGAACAUUAAUUAUUCCUUCAACACAAUAUAAGGAAAUGCAUUUGUGGUAUUUUAUAUGUUCUGUAUCAUUUUGAUGUCACCUAAACCACAUUUAUUUAUAUGUCACCAUGUUCUCUGUUUUUACUGACUAGUCUAUAUAACUUUAGUAAUUAAACAAGUUUCAUAAGGAUGUUUAUUGUUGGUCCUACAAAUUAUAAAUUUUAUUUCAGCCAUAUGAAAUCAGUAUUUAAUGACUCUUAUACUUUGAUAUGUAUAUUUAGUUUUACAUAUUUUAUUAAUGGUAGAUAAUUAUAUUUUUAGUUCACAGAGAUCCUUGUAGAUUUUCUCUUUGGUCCAAGAACUGGUAAUCACAAUUUCAAACUUUGGGCAUCAUUUUUGCAUAGGCUGUUCUAUGUUUUAAUCUAAUUAUUUUCAGUAAACUGGAUUUGAAUGAACAAGUUCAUUUUUUAAAUUCCAAACAAUUCCGUUUUUUAGUAAUGGAUGAACAUCCUUUAAAACAGUCUGCUAAAAUCAUUUUUGACUACAUCUCAAAAUGCAAAACAGAUAUCUGAACUGAGGUAUUGGCUAAAGUUUAAUAUAUAGUUACAAAUGGUCUUGCAGCUUUGGAUCCUGUGUAAGGAGUUUAGUCUAUGCAUGUAAUGUACUUAGAGAUCAAUAGAAGUUAUGUAUGUAAUAAAACAAAAAAAAA